AUGUAUUUCUCAACCCUUAUCAGCUGUGCCAGCCUGCUGGCCCUCGCAACAGCUUCUACACGCUCAUCGCGUCAAGGCUCCCGCGCGGAGACAGUUGUCUACUGGGGCCAAAAUUCCAACGAGAAAGCAGACCUGUCUGCAUACUGCAGCUCAACAUCCGGCAUCGACGUUAUUAUUCUUGCCUUCUUGUAUGAAUUUGGCAAUGGAAUCGAUAUCCCCUCUGGCGUAAUUGGACCGGAAUGCUACAUCUCUCCUACAGGCCAACCCCAGCUAUGCGAUGAUGUAACUUCUGCCAUUGCUAAAUGCCAGGCCGCCGGCAUUACUGUCUUGCUCUCACUCGGAGGUGCAACUAGCUCUUACUCGUUGCAAUCACGGGCCGAGGCUGAGUCGAUCGGUCAGUAUCUGUGGGAAUCAUACGGAAACUCCGGCAACACCACCGUUCCCAGACCAUUCGGCAGUGUCUUUGUAAACGGAUGGGACUUUGAUAUUGAGGUCAACGGUGGCUCGAGCCAGUACUAUCAAUACAUGAUUUCUACGCUGCGAUCUAACUUCGCGUCUGACCCCGGUAACACUUAUUACAUCACUGGUGCUCCCCAAUGCCCUCUUCCAGAACCCAACAUGAGCAUCAUCAUUGGUAACUCGACUUUUGAUAAGCUCUGGGUUCAAUGGUAUAACAAUAACAACGGAUUGAACAACAUUCCCUACGAAUCCUGCUCCCUUGGGUUUGGCGGAAAUGCCCCCUUCAACUACCUAGAGUGGGUGGACUUCCUCGCUACCACACCAUCGGCAAACGCAAAGCUUUAUAUUGGAGCCCCUGCCUCUACCCUGGCUUCCAAUGGUAACAGCGCCGGUGCCAUUUACUACAUCACACCUAACGAAAUGGCAACUUUGGUCUCCGAGACGGAAGGUAAUUCGACAUUUGGAGGUAUUAUGCUCUGGUCUGCUGGAUUCUCGGAUUCGAAUGUCAUCAAUGGUUGCACGUAUGCACAGGAGAUGCAUAGCAUUCUGAAAACAGGUGCGAUUUGCUAA